AUGCCGCCCGCACAACGCAGAGCCGAUCGCUCGCGCAUGUACAACCUCGCCGGUCACGCCCACUCGUCCGGCUCGCUGCUUCCGCGGUCGACCGACGUGCAUGCCGCCUCCGCCUCCGCAGGACCGUCUUUGACUCAACCAGCUAGGGGCGUGGAUGCGGCCGAUGCGCCGUACCUGACCAACCUCGAGUCGCAUUUCGGCAGGGUCACGCUUACGGCGCCCGACAACUUGCUGCGAAAGCAGGCCAAGGAGAAGAAGCAAAAGGUGCGACAGCGGAAGGCGCACAAUGCACAUGCGGCGGCGGCGGCUCUUGCGGCGCCAACGCAUGCCGCGCUCUCGCCAAAUACACCUCGUAAUGCCGGCGUGUCUACCGGAUUGCUUGACCCGGGGCGUCGGUUCCAGGCUGCGCUUGAUGAUGCCGCGGCGGGGAGUGGAGCGCUGCUGUCAGCUCCGGCGCAGCAGGGUGUCAUGCGUCGUGCGCACAGCGGCAACCAGACGCCGACCUUGGCUUCCACCUCGUAUCUCCAGACACCUCCACCCACCGCACAGACGACAGCGACCAGGUUGCGAAGACGCAGACAGUCGGUCGCACGCGAGGAUGCCAGCAGACCUGCUUCCAGAGCAAGUGCGACCAGUCGACCCGACAGCGCACUUUCGUUCAACGACAACGACCCUGUACAGCCUCAUCCGGGCUCUGCGCAGACGACGGAGGCUCCGCGUCGAUCCCGCACCGAGAGUGCACCCGCAGCUCAGCGUCGAUCUCAAAACGCUUUUGCAUCGCUCGAUCCUGCCCCCAGCGGUCCAUCGAGCGCGCAAUCACAGCCUGCGCAACAGUCUCUGCACCGCCAAAAUGUAUGGAACGACAUUACCGAGGACGAUCCAGAUGACCUUCCGCCACCGUUUCCCGAGGGGGCGACGAGACCACCGACGCCGCCACAGCCACCAUCGCAUUCGGAAGCGGCGGCAGAUGCGCAGCUCAUCGCUCCACAGCCUCACGUGCGCAUUCCCGAUAGCCCACCACCACCCUUUGUCAGUGACGAUGAAGAUGAACCGGUCAACGGUCCGUCAACACAAGAGCAGACCGCCGAAGAAAGGCCGCAGAGCCGGGGGUCGACGAUAAGCUCGACGUCAAGCGGAAAUGACAGUGUCGAGCUCACCGAAGAGCGCAGGGCAUGGGAGUCGGAUUUGCGCAACGGUCUCAGCUUUGAUGUCAGACUGCUCAGGGAACAGCAGCGUCGUGUGGCACGCGAACGCGCGGCGCAGUUUCGAGCAAGCGAGGGGCAGCAAGAUGCCCGUGCGGAGCAAGAGGCGCCGACUUUGGACGCUACGCUCGACGGUGCGGGCUCGGAAGAUGAAGCAGAAGCAGAAGUGCCAGCGUCGGAACCUGCUGCUCCUGAAGCAGAAGCUCUUGAUCAGCCGCACGACGUUGAUCAGGACCAAGCAAGUGCGCAGGCUCAAGAAACACCUGCUGUCGAAUCAUCAGAGUCGCCGAUCAGCCAGCCGACAAGCGCUCCUGUCGCAGUGGAGGCUGACGUCGCCAACAUCAGUGGCCGUCUGUCGUUGUCCAACGAGCCUCGUCUUGGCCUGCCGCCAAUGGCGCCAUCGCCAGCCUCUCAAAUCUCCGACGGUCAGGAUGCUAUCCGUUCUCCUCGCUCGAAUCACAUCCUGGGCCACAGGAAGACCAAUUCCGAUACGCCGAACGCGGGAAGCUCCAGAGCGGACAAUGCGCGUUCCAACGCUGGUGUUCGCGCAUCGGUGGGAGGCGCACCUGGGCGUCGAGUAGAGCUGGCACAUGCGGCGAGAACACACGGUAGCGACUCGCACCUUCCGCUCAGCCGACGACCCGAAGACACGCUGUUUGUUAUUUCUGCCCCGCCGCCAGCGAUCCACGCGCGCGCUGCGGGCGACGACGAGGCAAGCACAUCGACUGGUCAAGUCGACAGCGCUGAGCUCGUUGGCGAUGGCGAGGAUUCGUCGCACGAGGAGGACGAUGGAGCCGAGUCGGACUCGUCGAUCGAGCAGUGGCUGGCCGAGGCAGCGGCGUUUGAUGCGCUGCGCAAGCGCGAAGAUGAUGCGGCCGCGCGGGUGCAGCAUCUGCGCGAGCAGUCGGACAGCAGCGAGAGCGAGCAAGAUAUGCCUGGUGCAUUCAACCGAGCAUCCCGACGCAGCGGAAGCAAGGUACCCGACCCGGAGAAUCUCAAGCUCAUGGAUGAGGUGCUGCCAAAAGCUCCACCCCCGCUUGUGCUCGGUAGGUCAAGGGGUGGAGCAGCGUUCUCGGACUCCGACUCGACCGAUACCGACGAUGCGCUCGACCAGUACUCGUCGAGCGACGAGGAUGAUGACCAGCAUCAAGCUUUCAGGGAUGCGGCAAAGGAAGCAGAGGUGGAUGCUUUCAAGGAUGCGCGUAGCUCGGUGCAUGCGCGGAACAGCUCUUCGGCACCUAAUUUGUCCAUCCUCGACGGGGAUAGGCGCGAUGGGCUAAGUAAGGCGGUGGAGAAUGGUCCUGAACGAAAGCUCAGCGUAAAGGCUAGAGGUAAACUGCCCGAACGGCCCGAGCAUCCAGCGCCAACUGGGAGCGUCGCUGGGGCAUCGCACAACGACGUACUCGAGGCGAGGGCGGGAGAGUUCCAGGAAGACUCGUCGAGCAGUCGCGACGUGUCGGACGCAGACGAGACGCCACCGGUCCCACAAGUCAACGUCGUACGCGGGCGGAAUGAGGCGGCGCCAGUCGUGAGAUCGGGGAUGGAGCCGCUGCUGCAGCCGCUGGGGUACGGGCAAAGGAGGCCGGAUGUGGGCGGUCGUCUCAAGGGCCUAUUCGGCCAGCCGUUGGUGGCGAGUGCUGAUGGCGCGGCAACGACGGCAGUCGAGGGUGCGCGUCCGAUAAACAGCUCGCGUCGCGCGUCCAACCGGAGCGUCAAGGAGCAAGAAACGGCGGGCGAUGCACGCAAGGUGUCGUCGACGCAGACGCCCGAGCAAAAGGCGCGCGACGAAGCACUCGCGCAGAUCGCACAGGUGAGCGCCACCCAGGCGAAGCACGACUCGCUCGCGGCGCUCGAGCGGCUCCUCGCCAAGACUGGCCGUCCCACCUCCAUGCUUCCGCCCAGCGCUAUGAGUCGUGCAGAGCUCGGUGGACGGUUGCAUCCCCUCCCGGUCGGGGAGUCGGAGGCACCACCAGUGGGGGAGAAGAGCGUGGCUCCACCAGUUCCGCCGGCUAGGAGUAGGUUGUCUCGUCAGGGCGCUGUGCGUGGUCGAGUGGAGCCAAUUGUGCCCUCGCAGUCGGGGUUGUCGCGUGCGCCGUCGACUGCUCGGCCGGUGUCGUUUGUAAACCCGCGCUCGUCGGCGGCACCACUGCCAAGGGGUAGGCUGCCGGCGAUUACGGAUGCCACGCGUCACUUUCCGCCGUCGGCAAGUACGGCGCAGGGUGCGACGCCGUGGCUGGCGAAUAUCCCGUCCGAGGAGCAAGAUCGGCUGCCCGCACCGCUGGAACCGCUCAGGAUCGGACGCGUCUCCGAGAUGGUCUCGCGCUUCGAGGCGACGCCAAGCGCUGGUCACGACAAGCCCACAUCUCCCACCAAGCGCGCGGACGCGGCAGUAUUCCAGCGCUUCUCUUCCAACGACGGGGAAGGGGUGCAGAGGCGGCCACCUCCUCCGCCGCCGACGAGGCAGAGUGUGGACAUGGACGCGCUGGCGCGGCAGAUCGACGAGGCAGCUUCGGCGUGGACGCAAAGCCACCUUGCGGUGCCGGAAGUGAAGGGGCUGGUAAGGUCCCCGCGUACGGUGGCCAUGGAUACGCUCACGGGAGACGCGCGCGUGCCGUCCAAAUCGCCCGUAAUGACGCAGGAGCACAUUGUGGCUGCUGCGAGCAGAAACGGUCUUGAGGCGUCGAUCGCUGCAGCUCAGGCGGCGGCGCUGGCAAGAAGAGGAAAUGGUGAGGCGGGGAGGCCGCUGCCGAUGCUGCCACAGUCGGUAAGGGUGCAGGGGCUGGGCAUUGAUAGCGCACCCAGGAACGGGUUGCCCAUGCCCCCACCGCUGCCUACACGUCCGCCACGCGAAAGGUGGAUGGAAGAGUCGAGCGCGAAGUCUUUUGCGAGUGGAAAGGCAAGCGAAGGCAGCUCAUCGCCGGCUAUACUUAUGGACCGCGCGAGCGCACCGCAGCAGCAAGGCACAUCGAGCGGCAGCGUGACGAUGCGAUCUUCGGACCGGACUGGCGGCUCGUCGGAGGGAGAAGGGUGGGCGUCGAUGCAGUCGCGAGGUUCGACACCUGCGUAUCGCGGAGAAGCGGUGGGCUUGGCCAGCACGACAGAGCAGGUGCGCAGUAGCACGAGAUCGGAGCAAAGAGCGGACAGCUCAGGCGCUGCUCGGCAAGGAGCCAACGGCUCCAGCUCGGCUGGCCAACGUCGACACGACAGCUCGGACGAUGCGCAGUGGGCGACCGCGUCCAGCGCGGUGGGUCGUGCGAACGUGUGUCAGGGUGCAAAGCGCGCGUCUACAGAUGGCCAGCGCGGAGCCGGUUCGUACUCGGCUGCUCAGCAAUGGGCCACCGGUUCAAGCUCUUCUCAACCAUGGGCCAACAGUUCAGACUCGGCUGGUGAGCGUGCGUCCAACAGCGGGGCCACAGCUACACGAUCCGGCUCCAGCUCGACAAUACCUGCUCGGCGCGAACACAGCUCAGGUCGAGAUUCUUGGUCGCAGUUCGGAUCGGAAACAGCUGUUCAGGCUCGGAUGAAUAGCUCGACGGCCUCGGCGAAUCAGUCGCAGACCUCCAAUUCGACGCCGUCUGCACAGGUUCGCGACACCAGCUCAACCACAGCUGCGCAGUCGCGUGCGGGCAGCUCGGGUCGAGAUUCGUGGUCGCAGUUGGGCUCGAUAACACCUGCUCAAGUGCCGGCCGCCAGCUCAAGCGCUGCUGCUCAGCGUGGAGACAGCUCAAGCGCAGCUACUCUGCCACAAUCCAGCUCGACUCGACCCCUAGCGCAGGGCAGCAACUCGGACUCUACUUCUCCAUCGCAAGAUGCUUCGACCUCCACCGCACCUAUCGACUCGUCUGCUUCUCGUCGCCCGGCGGCUCGGGAAGCCUCGCUGGGCCUGACGGACUUUGACCUGCUGGUGGCCCAACUCGAACGGGAGGGGGCGCACUAUGAGCAGCUCUCUGCGAUCGGAGCGUUCCUGGGGCCUGCGCAAGCCACGGCAGCCACGUCGGCGCAGUUGGCGUCGCUGUCGGUGGGACGGAUCGAGUGCGAUGCACGCCGCAUCACACGCGAGGGGAGGGUGAAGCAGAAGCUGAGCUGCGUGGGUGUGCGCGUAGACAAGUGCACCAUCUGCUUGGCCCAGUUCAGGCAGGAUCAAAACGCCGUCAUCCUACCGUGUGCACAUGUCUUUCACCAAGAGUGUGCCGUGGCGUUGCUCAAGACGACCAGCACGUGUCCAACUUGUCGCCACCCAGCUUUUUAA